AAAUAAAUUCCCAGCUACCUGGUUGACCACAUUGAAUUACCCUCUCUUUCAUCCUCUCUUAUCGGGCACCUUUCGCCUCUUGGUUUCUUCUCCCCAUUUCUUUUAGCCUCCCUGUAGCCUCUAGCCUCCACACUACUGCUGGGCGGUUCGCUUUUGGGCUCUGUUUUUUGUUACUCAUCCACACAAACUCCACCACCAACGACACUCGAGCCAAAUAACAUUACUCACCCUCUCGACGUCGUCGUCGAAUCGUCUCAACCCGCCGCAACAGCUCUGUCGCUCGCUGGCCCCCGGAGAACGGUUUGGUAGAAGGAGAGCUCUUUGCAAUUGCUGCAGCCAUGGGCAGUCUCAUGUACAACAACACGUCCGACUUCGGCUGGGUCGUCCAGAAGUUUGGCGGCACCAGCGUGGGCAAGUUCCCAGACAAGAUUGCUCGUGAUAUUGUCAGGGCCAGUCUGUCUCAGAACCGAGUCAUCGUCGUCUGCUCCGCCCGCAGUACGGGCAAGAAGGCUGAAGGAACCACGAGUCGGUUACUCGGCGUGUAUGGCAAGCUCCGUGGAGUCGGCGCCGCCGUGUGCGCCGAUGACGAGCAGACCGAGUUGGUCGAACAGGCCCGCGGUCUGAUGAACGACAUCUGCAACGAUCACGUCUCGGCUGCCCAGACCUUCAUCCAGGAUCCCGUCUUGCGCGAUGCCCUCAUCCAGACCGUCAAGGACGAGUGCCAGGAGCUCGUCGAGUACAUCGUUGCCGCUAAGCGCUUUAACCUCGAGAUUAAUUCACGCGCCAAGGAUCGCGUCAUCAGCUUCGGCGAGAAGCUGAGCUGCCGCUUCAUGGCUGCCCUGCUGCAGGAUGUGGGUGUCGAUGCUGAGUAUGUCGACCUGUGUGACGCGUUCCACUACGAUGCAUCCGACCAGCUCGAUAUCAACUUCUACCACACCGCGGCGGAGGCUUUCGCCCGAAAGAUCAUCGCAUGUGAGGGUCGCAUCCCCGUCAUGACCGGUUUCUUUGGCAAUGUUCCCGGCAGCCUCAUCGACGGUGACAUUGGUCGCGGUUACACCGAUCUCUGCGCCGCGCUGUGUGCCGUUGGCAUGAAGGCCGAGGAGUUGCAGGUCUGGAAGGAGGUCGACGGCAUCUUCUCCGCCGACCCGUCCAAGGUUCCUACGGCCCGCCUGCUGUCGUCCAUCACGCCCUCUGAGGCCGCUGAGCUGACCUUCUACGGUUCCGAGGUCAUCCACCACCUCACCAUGGACCAGGUCAUCCGCGCCCACCCCCCGAUCCCAAUCCGCAUCAAGAACGUCAAGAACCCUCGUGGCAGCGGCACGAUCGUCAUCCCCGAUCCAGUCAUGACCGCCGGUCACCAGCUCCACCGCUCGUCCCCGAGCCUCAAUGGCGAAGUCCGCAAGAAGCCCAAGCGUCCCACGGCUGUCACCAUCAAGGAUCACAUCAGCGUCAUCAACGUCCACUCUAACAAGCGAUCAAUCUCCCAUGGCUUCUUCGCCCGCGUCUUCUCCAUCCUCGACAAGCACUCCAUCUCAGUCGAUCUCAUCUCCACCAGCGAGGUUCAUGUAUCCAUGGCCAUUCACUCCGGCAGCACUGAAAUCGACGCAUUUAACUGCGCUACCAAGGAGCUGGCUGAGUGCGGCGAGGUCUCCAUCUUGUCAAACAUGGCCAUCUUGAGUCUGGUUGGUGCUGAGAUGAAGAAUAUGGUAGGCAUUGCUGGACGCAUGUUCUCCACGCUUGGGGAGCACAAUGUCAACCUCGAGAUGAUUUCACAAGGUGCUAGCGAGAUCAACAUUUCUUGUGUGAUAAACGCCCGGGAUUCCACGAGGGCCAUGAAUAUCCUACACACGCAUCUCUUUACUUUCCUCGACUAGGAACCGCCUCUCGAAGACGAAGAAAAAUGACAAGACACAACAACAGUUUCCUUUCCGAUUGCUGUCUGGGUAUGCGCAUUCGACGAGGU